AUGAAGCGGCCGGCUGCUGUCCUCAAGCGGCCUGCAGCCAAGAUUUCACCUGGGGACGAUGACUCCGAGGAGUCACAUAGUGAAGAGGUGAGACGAAAGCCCGCAGCUUCCAUAAGGAAGAGGCCAGCUGCAUUUCCAGAUGAAGGGGAGGAGGAAGAAGAAGAGGAAGAAGAAGAAGAGCCAAAGGCCCAGAAGGUAAGUCGCUCAAUGAAGACUCCUCCAAGCAAGAAGGAGGCACGAACCGCCAUCAAGGAAGCAGCCAGGAGACAAAAGCUGGUUCAGAAGCUGAAGAAGGACAUCAAACCCCUGGCACAAAAACUGAAAGAGAAGAGGGAGGAACUAAAGGCUGCAGAGAAGGAACUUGAGAAGCAUUCUGCGACUGCCGGCAAGCUGGCCAGGGCCAUUGAGAGGGAAGAUAAGGCCAAAGCUUUGAAACGCAAGCGCCGGCAGAAGUCCCUGGCGCAAAAGGCGGGUCAGCGAAUGAAGGAUCUGCGUGAGCGCCUGGCGGAUGCUAAAGCCGAAGUGUCAAAGUUGAAGGUGGCCAAGGACCUUGGAUCCUCUUGGUAUCCUCUUGGUUAUAAAGGGUUGCUGUAUAACAUGGGGGUGUAA